AUGCCUUCCCCCACCUUCCCUCACGAUUCCCCUCUCAUCGCCCACGGUUCCUCCUACCGUCACCCACGCUUCCUCCCACCGUCACCCACGCUUCCCCCCACCGUCACCCACGCUUCCCCCCACCGUCGCCCAAGCUUCCCCCCACCGUCGCCCAAGCUUCCCCCCACCGUCGCCCACGCUUCCCCCCACCGUCGCCCACGCUUCCCCCCACCGUCGCCCACGCUUCCCCCCACCGUCGCCCACGCUUCCCCCCACCGUCGCCCACGCUUCCCCCCACCGUCACCCACGCUUCCCCCCACCGUCGCCCACGCUUCCCCCCACCGUCGCCCACCGCCACCCCUCUCACCCACCCUGGGCGGGGAGGUAUGGCGAGCUGGGCUGGGAGCUGGGGAAGGGGUCGUGACUCGUUCGCUGUGGGGUGUGGAAGGGUGCGUGGUCAGCAGCACCCACCCUUCUCUCUCUUGCACUGACCUCCUCUCCUCUUUCGCACCAACCCCACACGCAUGGCAGGUGGUGGUGCGGCUUUGGAGCAGAGUGUUUGGCGCACAGCCAGGGCAGCGCGUGCAGGCGGUCAGCAAGGAGUGCAGUGCUGCAGGGGGCGGUCGUCCUCCUCUCCCUCUCCCUUCCUCCCUUCCUCCAUCUCUCUGCCUCACUACCCUCUUUACCCUCUCUGUUGCCCGUCCUCCCUUCCUCCAUCUCUCUGCCUCCCUACCCUCUUUACCCUCUCUGUUGCCCGUCCUCCCUUCCACCCAUCCUUCUUUCCUGCCAUUCUUCCUCUCCUCAUCCUCCCUCGAUCCAGUCCCCCUUCCCCUUUCCAUCUCCCACUCUCCCACUCCCUUCCUCACGCCAACCCUGCUCCUCCGUUCCACCCUUCUACCUUCCCCCUUGUACCCAGCUGCACUUUUUCCUCUCAUCCGCCCAUCAUUUCAUCCGCCCAUCCUCUCAUCCGCCCAUCAUCUCAUCCGCCCAUCAUCUCAUCCGCCCAUCAUCUCAUCCGCCCAUCCUCUCAUCCGCCCAUCAUCUCAUCCGCCCAUCCUCUCACCGUCGCCCACGCUUUUGCCUUAG